CAUCGAAAUCUUUACUUCCGGUCGGCUUCCAUAUGCGAACAGUUAUGUCACAUCGGCUCACUACUAUUUUUCAGCUAAGUCACUAAUGAACUUCACAAAAGAUGUCCGACUUGACAUUAGACCUCGAAGACCAUCAACGUUGUUUUGUGAUGGGCAGCGAAGGAACGGGCUUCUCCAUCGACCAGGGAGGCGAGUGGGACAUCAGUCUUUUUGAUGAGCUGGACUCCCUGGGAGAUGCAGACGACUUGCUCAAGGCUCUCGAGAACGCGGACUAUACCAGUGGGGUUCCACACCUUGACUUUGAUAUUGCCAUACCUGCAUGGACUGAAGGGUACACAAGCAGCACCUGCACAGAUGGUGAGGUGAGCGUGCACUCUCUGUCACCUGCUCACACUGUGAGCUCGCUGUCCUCCCCCACAGCUGUGGAAGCACUGUCACCAUACUCCUUACACGAUGAGGCCCUGUCUCCACAGUCGCAGCCUUCGCCAGUGUCUGUGUGCUCCGAGUCCAGUGGCUUUUCUGAAAUCCCUCCCGUGGCAACGAAAGCCCAGAAGAGAAGUAGCCAGACCACAAGAGUCAAACCAGCACAGCCAAUCAAGAGGCCCAUUCAGAUGACCUCCAAAGUGUCCAUCCAGCCUAAACCGGUCAUUGCAGCUGUGCCCUUGGCGCAUACAGCUGCUUCUUUGCAGCCCAAGACCAUCAUCAUCCAGCCCUUACAGACCACCGUGCUGCCUGUGGUCAAACCACCUCCAAUCAGCAUCCAGCCAGCGCCCUCUCCAGGUCAGUCAAUCAUGCUUUCUCAACCAAGUCAGUUACUACAGAUCAAGACCCCCCAGGCUAUCACUGGCAGCAUGGUUGCCAUACCAUCCCUGGGCCAGGACAGGCCUGUCGCUGCUCCACCCGUGGUCUCCGUCACGCUUCGAAGCCCUUCUCCAGAUGACGAUUCAAAGUUGUCCCAAAGGCAGCAGCGCAUGAUAAAGAACCGCGAGUCAGCGUCCCUAUCUCGGAAAAAGAAGAAAGAGUAUUUGCUCUCGUUGGAGGCCCGCUUGAAAGUGGCGCUGUCUGAGAACGCGGUGCUCAAGAAUGAGAACGGCAACCUCAAGAAGCAACUGGAAGACCUGCUGAGUGAGAAUUCGGUGCUGAAGGCAACGGCCCCCAAGAGGCGAGCUGUGUGUCUCAUGGUGAUCUUGGUCUUCCUUGUGCUUAAUGUUGGACCAAUAAGUCAGCUUCAGGGCAACGCAGACUCUGGGCUAGAGGUUGUGUCCGUGCAGCACAGCAGACACUUGUUGGGUUUCUCCCCGGAAAUGGACACCAAGCCCCUUGAAAGUGGCUCUGCCACGGUGGCCGACAGCUCAGAGGACAAGGCCCUGAUGGUGGUGAAGGAGCUGAACUUUCUCCGGCCACCUCCGCCCUGCCAGCCUCCUGUUAAUCGGACGAAGUGUAUGAAGUUGGCCCAUGAGUUGAGGGGGUGGGUCCACCGUCAUGAAGUGCAACUGACCAAGUCCAGACGCACGAGUAACAGCCACCUCAAGCCCUCCAGGACCAUUCUGAAAACAGAAAAUAAGGAUGCAGAGAGCUCCGGGAUUGUGACCGUUCGAUACACAAAAACUGCAGAAGACAAGACUCCUGGAAAGGAGCUACAGGUGUACUACGCACCCCAUCACACGUACAAUGACUUCUUUGGCGAGAUCAACCGGCGAGGUGACACUUUCUACGUAGUGUCUUUCCGCAGGGAUCAUCUGCUACUUCCUGCCACCAGCCACAAUAAAGGAAGCCGCCCCAAGAUGUCUGUGGUGUUGCCAGCCAUGAACAUAAAUGACAGCAUCAUUGGAGACAAGUUUGAGGUGAUGAUGCAGAUCGACUGCGAAGUGACAGACACCAGGAUCCUCCACAUCCGUUCAGACACUAUCCCACCAAUGCUGCGGGUCAACCGCACAGAGACAUUUUACCAACGUUCGCCGGCUGACGCCCAGGCUGCCCCUCCAGUUGGCGUGCUCAUGGGGUCUGCUUAGGACCUUUUGAAAAUUCCUUUGGAGAAAAGAAGAUAUUUCACUUUCUUUUUGAGUGGAAAUCUAGUCGACACAUCCUUUUAUUGGGCCAGAACUCCGGAGGUGGCGCCUGCUAGCUCCUUGUGUGGCUGCACAUAAGCCCAGACGUCCCACGUAAGGGUAAUUGCUUAACAGCAGGGGGCUGAGCACUGAACCCUGAGUCACCCCGUCUCACACACACACCCACACAAAUGCUUUUUCACCAUAGCAGCUCUCUUCAAGUCUUCUUGUUCCUCAUCUCUGGAUCAACUAGGCUAAGAAAAUAAUAUAUCGAAGUGUUUAAAACUGUGUUUAUAAAAGCAAACUGUGUGUGUUGAAUUUAGAUUAACCGUCCCUUCUUUUGCAUUUGUUGCAUUAUUUGCGGGAAAGCCACCACUAUGUUUUUGUUUGAUGAUGGAGAAUGUUUUUAAAAUAUGUUUUGGAGUGUGGACUGUGUUCUCAAACAGAUUCAGGUUCUGUACAUAUUUAUUUCUAUCGUUCAUUCUUAACCUUAGUCAUAAACACCUUACUGUGUGAUUGUUGUGGUGACAAUUUUAUGUGGUGUACGUGGGAUUUAUGUAAAUACUUAUUUGGAGGAUUUUUGUAUCCAAUUAGGAACCUAAAAUAGCACAGUUUAGCAAAAUAAGCUGGUAGAAAAUGUAAAAAUAAAAGGCUAAUGUACACUCUUGAGAUUUUUGUAUUUAGAAAAAUGUAUAUGUGGGGGUUUUGACAAGGUUUUAGUAGUAUGCACUGCAGCACAGAUGUGGAAAGUUCACUUCCGGCUUGAAUUUGAUUUGUUUUUUUGAAUUAAAACUAUUUUCAUGAAGUUACUUUAUGUGCUCAGCAUCUGGAGUGGGCAACCUUUUUCCUAUUAGGGGCCAUUUCAGGUUUUAUACAUAACUUAAAUUUUUUUAUUCUAAGCUUUUUUCAAUAACAGUUCCUAAGGUUUCAUUUGUUUUAAGAAAAUGCACAGCAGGCCUGAUAAAAUGCUGUCACAUUUAACGGCCAUGGGUCAUAGGUUUCCCACCCUCUAUGCUGUGGCUGUACACAUAUAGUCUACUUUCCCUUUCCGCGAUGUCAAUUCCCACAAUGUUUCCACUGCAAGCCAGUUGUGCUUUUGUGCUUACAACAAAAAUAAACACUGGAUUUUAUGUAUGUGCCUUAUACUC